GUCCCGGUAGGAUGGUGCAGAAAGCGGUGAACGGCGGCGGGGUCUACCCGGACCAGGCCGGGGGGGAGAAAUCUAGGCACAAAGUGGGCUUCGUCGGUCUGGACCCAGGGGCUCCGGAGUCGAACCGGGACGGAGCGCUGCUCAUCGAGGACGCGAAGAGGGGUAGCAUCCUCUCCAGACCACGGGCCAGCGUCUCCGGGGGGAGACCCAGACCCAGGCCGUCCAAGAAGAACGCCAGCUAUCGGAAACUCCAGAAUUUCUUGUACCAAGCGCUGGAGAGACCGCGGGGAUGGGCCUUCAUCUACCACGCUUAUGUCUUCCUCUUGGUCUUUUCCUGCCUUAUACUGUCCGUCUUUGCCACCAUCAGAGACUUCAAAAAUAGCUCAGAGAGUGCCUUGUACAUCCUGGAACUUGUGACCAUCGUGGUGUUUGGGGUGGAGUAUAUCGUCAGGAUCUGGGCCGCAGGAUGCUGCUGUCGCUACCGCGGCUGGAGAGGGAGGCUCAAGUUCGCCAGGAAGCCCUUUUGUGUGAUCGACAUCAUGGUGCUGAUCGCCUCCGUGUCAGUGCUGGCGGCCGGUUCCCAAGGCAACGUGUUCGCCACCUCCGCCAUCCGAAGUCUCCGAUUCCUGCAGAUCCUUCGGAUGCUGCGUAUGGACCGGCGCGGAGGCACCUGGAAGCUGCUGGGGUCCGUGGUCUACGCUCACAGCAAGGAGCUCAUUACCGCCUGGUACAUCGGCUUCCUGUGUCUCAUCCUGGCAUCUUUCCUGGUCUACUCAGUGGAAAAGGAAUCCAAUGAUGAAUUCGAGACCUAUGCUGACGCCCUUUGGUGGGGACUGAUCACGCUGACCACCAUCGGCUACGGGGACAAAGUACCCAAGACCUGGAACGGCCGCCUGCUGGCCGCCACCUUCAGCAUGAUCGGCGUGGCGUUCUUCGCCCUCCCCGCGGGUAUCCUUGGCUCUGGCUUUGCCCUGAAGGUCCAGGAGCAGCACAGGCAGAAGCACUUUGAGAAGAGACGCGACCCUGCGGCGGGCCUCAUACAGGCCUCCUGGAGAUUUUACUCCACCAACCUCUCCAGAACGGACCUCCUCUGCACCUGGGAGUUCUUUGAGCAGACCGUAGCCGUGCCAAUGUACAGGUGA